AUUUGGCAGAUGAGAAAAAAAAUAUGUACAAAACCUCUUUGGUGUGUUGUCUUUGUGUAUAAAAUGUAGGUUCAUUGACUGAAUGUUGGGACUAUGGGGUGGACUGGACAUCCAGAAAAACUAAACUUAAAAACACAAACCCAACCAUCUAGCAUCUUACUAGUGGCGUUCACAUACACAGGCAGCCUCAGAAGCAACCAGUUAUUGGCUGUACAUUCAGUGAUAACAGCUAAACUUUGCCAAAUAUAAGUAUUGUGCAUGCAUGUGUUACAUGGGGCAUGGCUUGUAAUGUCAAGGCAGGAAGGAUGUUUUAAUGCCUACAGCAAAUUCAAGUUGCAUCCCCCAUGGAGUACCCAACCAAGGCAGACAACACCUUUAAUACAAAUACUUUAUUCUUUUAAAAAAAAAAAUAACUGCCAUUAGUAGCCAUCGUGGCUGUGUACACGUGCCUUCAUGUUGUCACAUGACAGGAAAACAAGCAUAGAGCGCAAUGCCACACUGGUUGCGUCGGUUCCGAGCCAUCUUGAUGUAGCCCUCGUCGCCAUAACGGACGCCCCAGCUGCAAUUAAAAGCUUAUUUAAAAGCACAUCAUUCAACCACCUUGCAAACAUUUUAAAUGAGACCUGUUCUUGACCAGCCAGUAGUCACUUCCUUUUUCUGUGCCGUAGCCCACAGCUAGCACGCCAUGGUUGACUUUGUGCGUGCACGUGUUGUCCUGGUACACACCUGGACAGCCAAAAAAACACCCUCACAAAUUAGUCAGUUUAACAUGCAAACCAUUCACCUCACCGUGACGGUAAAAAUGGAAUUUGGGUCGUGAAGCGUCCACGGCGAUGGAAAUUGGCCCAACCAUUGCCAGCGCCAUCUUUAGUGCCUUUUCAUUCCCCUUUGGGAUGUACACGUAACCUGAACAGUUGGCAGCACGAUCCUGCACGUUGUACUUGCACUCGCCACGCUGAAAGACAAAAAUCAAAGUAACGUUUAAAAUCAUUUGUCUAUUAAUGACAAUGUAGGUUAAAACCAAACCUUUGUUUAAAAAAAAAAAAAGAAAAAAAAUCUGUAUAUUUCAUUUUGAUUCCAAAAUUCUCACUUUUCUGUGCAUUUUAAAAGAGGCAGCUAAGAAUGCACGUAGUGAGACAACUAUUCUGCCUAUAAUGCCUGAAAAAAAAGUGCCAACAGCGCUCAUUUAUAUCAUGUGACCUGCAUAUUAACCAAGCUACAGCGACAUUAACGUUAUGAAGAACUACAUUAAUGGUGUAGUGACACCAUCUAGCUACUAGCUUCACCACACACACACUCACAAGGCCUCAGGCCACUGGCGAAAGUAACGCUGCAUAUUGGAAAAGUAAACGCUAGGUGGACAUGCAGCGAAAAUGGCUCAACAAAUCCAUGCUUUGUGCUCAAGAUGCAGCUCGACAAAAGCCAACAUCCGCAAUCAGACUUCAAGUCUGGUUUUCGGCUUUGUGCCAAGUGCGCGUUCACACGAAAGGGGGCAUUUGAUGUCAUGAUUCUACUUCCGCUGAAAAGUGAAGCAAUACCAACUAGUUUUUAAAUUUACAAGAAAUGAGUACGUAAUUAUGGAGUGUUAAGAGUUCCCAAAAGAUGACUGCUAAAAGCAACAUCAUCGCCGCCAAUACAGCGAAGGAGGACUGCCGGCAUGCAGUUAACGUAGAUUGUAACAAUGAUACCCUACUCGUCUUUUCAUUUAUCAACACAACAUUGCACAAUGUUAACACAUUGGAGCAACAACUUGUGUUUUCGAUGUUAGUUUCAUGAAACAGUAUUUUAAUCUGCUGUAUCUCGUGACCAAUAGUGUUCUGGAGUGUUUUAAUGCACCCAGGGAGGACGUUUCGCUAAUGCUUAAAAUGACCAAAACACGGUAUUCCAUGUUAUCACGAGUGCGUCCAUUACCACAUGCUCACAGCAUGGAUAGAAAACUUGGUGUUAAUAGCGACCUUUCUAAAUGGCGUAGGUGUGCCAUUACUUGCAUUCUUAGCUGCCUUUUUUAAAGCCGUUUUUAUAUCUUUAGAACGCACAGAAAAGAACGUGGGCUCAUGUCUCAAUUAUUGUGGAUUAUGGGCAAAAUUCUAAAAAAAAAAAAGAAAAAAAAAGUGCCGUUUUCCUUGAAAGAGCUCACCUUUCCCAUGUAGGGAUAGGUAUUGUCCGAGUCGAUGCCCUUGUUCUGGUUGACAUAUUUAAAAGCGUUUGCCAUGAAGCCGCCAUGGCAACCAUGGUUGCCGUACUCGAGGGAACAAUCCACCAGGUUCUGUGGACUCAAGGACGUCAGGACCCCCGUUGUCUUCUUCAGUUGACCUUCCAGAGCUCCCACGGCACUGAAGGCCCAGCAGGACCCACAAGGACCCUGCAGAGGAGUUUUGGUUUUUAUGCAAUAUUACCAAGAAGACUUGAUGGCGUUCACCUGCAUCUUGACCUCAGUCACCAGGCCUCUUUCCCUCCAGUCCAGCGAGUGCGGCAGCCGACUGCUUUUGUCCCAGUUGAAGUUAAAAUGAUACCUUUCCAGGUCUGAGGGAAUGAUGGUGCCAGUGAGGGUGCCGCUGAUCUCCUCUCUGGUCUGCAACAUGGCAAGAUCAUAUCAGGGCAGAUUACAGAGUUCAUGCUUUGCUCGUCUUCUCACCAGGUCUCCCAGGUGGUUCAUGGCCAACUCAAAGGUGUGCAAGCCCAGGGAGGUUUCCAGGUUGUGGACGUUUAUCAUCUGUAGGUUCUCUUCCCAGAUCUGCCUGCGACCAGACUCCUCCACCUAAAAAGACACAUGAUGCAAAAGUGACUUUUAAAGAAGUAUAAAGCCUGUUCAUGAGCACCAGUUGUGUUGAGUCCAUUUGUCUAAAGACACACAAAACAGCGUCUUAGUAGUAAAUCCCAGUGUCAAGGACAGAUAUUGGACAAUACAACUGUUGCACCUCUGAGACUUACAGUAUUUAAAACAGAUGGGGAAAAAAUGACAUGGGACCUUUAAGCCAAUAAGAACAAAAAAACGCAUAUAACUUUGUACCUGAUGAGAGUAAACCUUGUUAUGCAUCUUCUUCCAGAGCUCCCAGUGAUCAUCCAGAGCCGGACUGAUGUCGGCCUCUGCUAAUCCCCACAAGAUGGCGAACAGCAGGCUCCGAAACAUUUCUAGAUCUGCAAAAACAAAGCUGUAAAGAUUUGGAAGGACGGCAGCACAACAUUCACGGCCACAGCCACGCGUCUCACGGCGGCCUGCGGCUCUGCCUCGUCCCUCCGCGGAAGCACGCAGAAGCUGGAGCAGUGGCCAGCCUUUCCCCCCACCAUGGCGAUACCGCCCAUCCUGCAAGUAGAGAUAUCAUUUCCGUAUUGGUAUCCAUGCAUCUUUUAUGAAUACAUAACUUAGCUUAUGAAAUAUGCACAUUAUUCAUGCAAUCACGCUGCAUCUGUGAGGUGAUUUCACUCCCGACACCUGCUGAGAUCAAACAAAAUGAUGGUAAACAUGUUUUUCUAGCUUGGUGUUUGUGUACGGCAGGGUGUUACUGAGCAUACAGUGGACUAUUCAUUAGGUACACCUGCACUAUGCUUCAGUUGUGAGAGGCAGCCCCACCACUGCAAAUGAUAAACAUUUUGCUGAACAUACAGAGUGUAUAGGUGUACCUAAUAAAGUGGCUGCUGUGUGCACGGUCAUAAUGACCUGGUGCUCGUAUGGUGUAGGAGCGUUCCAAGUCGACGCCUUGGUUGUGUGCGACAUAUUGGUAAGCCUGGGUGAUGUAACCUCCUCUGCAGCCACGGUUGCCGUCUUGGCUGCUGCAGUCCACCAAGUUCUGUGGGCUGAGCAGCACCAGGGCCCUGGUCUUCUUCUUCAUGUGGCCCUCCAGGGCCCCCAAAGCGCUGAGGGCCCAGCAUGAGCCUCAUGAAAGAACUUGAAAGAAGAUGGUGUCAUUCAUUGGAGGAACGUUCUCCAGUUAAACAAAAAUGGCCUAUUUGGUUCUGCACAGGACUGACCAAGCCCUUGGUCCUCCCGUCCACACUGUGAGGCAACAUCAGGUGUUUCAACUGUUGACCUCCUCUACUGUCUGAAGAAGAGAGAAAAACAGUAUGGUAGCGUAGUAACCACCUUUCACCACUGGAGGUCAGUCUGCUUUAGUUCAAAAUAGCACUGACAAGACUAGACAAGCUUCCAUCCGCAUUGAAACUCAUGUGCAGUAUUCUUAGAAUGGACUUACCAUGUCUGCCCGGUGGUUCAGUCCCAGCCUGAAGCUCUGUUUCCCUGCCAAAACCUCCCAGUUGUGUCUAAGCUUCCACGUUCUUCUCCAAUACGGCUCUCCUGAAGGAAAAUACAACAACAACAAAAAGAACACUCAGCAAGCUAUACAGCUUUAAUCCACUGUCUUACCUGGUUCUGAUAAACCUGGUCAUGCUGGAGGUCCAUGUUAGCCACAUGUGGUCCAAAGAUGAAGAAGAGCAGCUCAGGACCAGUAAGCCAGAAAACAGCACGGUGCAAAGAAUGUGCAUCCUGCAAAAAAAAGUUGAAUUGCUAUCAUGUUAAAAUAUCAUGGUCAUGUCUAAUUGUUCAUUUUUGUUAUGAGCUUCUGAAUUGGCCUCAAUUUUUUUUUAUUAGAUCCAAUUAGGAGCUGCUUGGCUUCAAUAAUAAUGAUCAAAAAUUCAUUAAAUAUUUCUUUUAUCAUGCUAAGCCAGUGUUUCCCUUACGGCCCGCCACAAAUAGAUUUGGCACUGCCUGUUCACCCUCGCCCAUAAACACAUCAUAACGGGACUGUCUGUGAAUGUAGCAUGGCGUUCCAACUCCGUACAGUACAUGGCAUCAUAACACUGCUUCUAAACACACCUCAAGAAGACGUAGCAGGAGGGAUCAGUGUUGCCAAUUAAGCGGCUACAAUUAGCGAGUAUUUGGACCCCUCCAGAUUGUCUUUUUCCACAAAAGCAGCUAGCAACAUUUUCUAGUCUUAUUGGACACUUGUGGAGACUAACAUGAGAGCAUGUAUCUCUCUUCUCAACGAGCAGCGGGGGUGCUGCUGUGAAGUAAAAACACAAAAGAAGGUGACAGAAGAAAGUCAAUUUGUGUUUCUAAACAUAUUGUUUUCUUUUCAGGUUUUUUGCUCAUCUUAUGUCUCUCUCAAUGGCCAAUUAUGCAAAUUAGAGAAUGACAUCACCCCCACGACCCACUGCCACAGGUAGAUUGCAGUCUUGUGGGAAACACUAAGCUAUACAUCAUAUUUUAAUGCAUCCAGUUAAAAGCCUUUCAUCUUUAUGUAUUUUUUAUUCUUUAAAUGCAGUGUUCCCUAGCUCGAUCGCAGUUCACCGUUCAGGGACUUUCUGUUUCGCUGAUUUUUUUAUUGCAAUUUUAGUGCUUUUUAAUUUUUUUUACAGCGUAUGAAUGCUGUCACAGGUGGAGCCUUUAAGAAGAAUUGCAUUGUGGGAAGUUGAGUGUUGUAGUUCUGUGCUUUAGUGUCUCGCUAUUCUCACUCUUCUGUCUGCACCGUCCAUUGUCUUCUGCGUCGUGACUGAUUGACAAUGGUCUGCAGCCAAUCUCCUUCCUGCAUCUCCUGUUGUGGUCAUGGCUACCAAACUAGCUAACCGUGUGAGCUGCUUGCUAACCGCCAAUACUGUAAACAACAGAAGAAACAGGAGAAGCUAACCGUGUGAGGAAAAUUUUAACAAGGAUACAAAAACGCCACAGCCGAACGGCGCCAAAAUGGGGCCCUGUCAGAGGAGCGAAAUACAUGUGAGUCACUUAUUAAUUUCUUGUGUCCAAGCUAGUAUGUUGAUCAUUGAAAUUUAAACGAAAUUUGAAAUUUGAGAGUGUUUAAACAAGACAGAAAUGUGAGAAAAUGUUAUUGCCUGUCUGAGAAAAGUGUAUAAUGAGUAUGGUGAGGGGUUUUACAGCCUUCAAACAUUUAUAAUAAUUGUAAAGAAAUAUAGUUGGCUACUUUGCGGAUUUCACUCAUUGCGGGCUAUUUUGGGAACCUGUCCCCCGCGAUAAACGAGGGAACACUGUACACACACAAAAAGACAAAAUUUGAAGAUACAUCUCCGUGCGUUCGUGGGUUUUCUGCAGGUACUCCGGUUUCUUCUCACAUCCCAAAAACACGCAUGCCAGGUUAAUCGGUGACUCUAAAUUGUCCAUAGGAAUGAAUGUGAGUGUGAAUGGUUGUUUGUCUAUAUGUGCCCUGCCAUUGGCUGGCCAGCAGCCCAGGGUGUACCCCACCUCUCGCCCGAAGUCAGCUGGGAUAGGCUCCAGCAUGCCCCACGACCCUAAUGAGGAUUCAGCGGCUCAGAAAUAAAUAAAUGAAUGUUUUUAGUUGGACAACAUUGAUACUUAUGUUAAUUUUUGAUAAUGACGUUAAUUUUGUGCUUGUACGUUGAAUACAGCAAACUGCUGUUUGUAGUUCUUUGCCUUUGCCAUGCGAAGCAAAUGACUAAAACUACAACUACAAACAAGAUUUCUGCUUGAGGAAAGUGUUGUCCUUUGUUGUUGACUAAACAAAUAUAAAAACUAAGAAAAAGAAACAAAAUCUACAUGAUGGGAGUCCAAUCGUUAGUAGUUGUGGUGUACUGGUAAAUAAAGCAAGCCCCUUAUUUUUUCUGUUUUUCAAUGCUUGAUGGGCCGUCACGUGAAUCCAAAAUAGAAUCUGAAGGUGGAAGCGACACAAAGAAAGACACGAAGAAGCCGGUUAGGGCUUAUGCUGUGAAAUUGAUCAUAUCAUAACUUCCAGGGUGUCGCAGUCCUCUAGUAGUCCUGUUUUAUGGUGGCGUCAUGCUAAGUGAGCUAAAUAUACUCAUGUAUGAUCACAGCUUCCAGGAACUAUCCCAGCUGUCACCACAACAACCAAAAAAUGAGACAAUGCACUGACAAUACUGACGACCGUUGUUACGCAACGUGCCGGGCUUCCACUCACCACCCCCACCUCUCUACGAAUCCGGGCUUGGACUGAUAGCGGCUGGUGAGAUCGGGUCCCCCGGAGGUAGCAGAUGGCUGAGUUCCUGACUCAGCGCCGUGUGUCUUCUUCUGUGGUGACGGCACAUGCACAGCAACCAUUCAGAACCGCAAUAAAAAAGCAUCCAAGCAUGUUUAAAGAAAACGAUUUGAUUAUAAAUGAACUAUCUGAGGUAAUAAGAAGGUGUUUUCGUCACAGUUUCUUUGCUUUGGAGCAGGAUUACCCAAAAAUAGUUAAUAGAUUUUGACAACACUUGAGGGGGUGAGGUGUGGUGCCAAGCUAGAAUACAUUAAAAGAUUGGUGCAGAUCUGGACAGAGGUGCAGAUGCAGGACAUUCUGUCACAAUUUUGUUGACAUCGCAAGCCAUUUUUUGGAUGUCUUAUGCAAAUGGCGGUCCUCAACUGUCACCUGUUGCCCUUCAGCGUCAUAAAGCUGAAAGCACUUCCUGCUUUUCCAAAAAAGCCAAUGCGGAGAUUCUCUUCCAUCUGCCGCCGCUCCUGACUCCCAGCAUUUGGCUGACCUGCGCCUGCCUCCUUGCGUCCAGCCUUGGACCGAGGCCACCAGGCAGCACAUAUAAUCCCCCAGCAUGCGCCCUGCUCCCUGCACCAGGUUCCCACCGCCGUCAGUGUUGUUGUUGCCAUGAGGACGCCAGUGCAAUAUGAAACAACCUGGCGGGUCACGAGCUUCAUUUUUAAGCUGCCGAAGGAAAUGGAGCAAUGAUAAUGAGAGAGCAUGACAACUGUUUUUUCUGUGUUUGUUGGACAAAACUCCUCCUUAAACUGCUGUUUGGUUAUGAAAGUCUACUUCCUGUUAUCUAAGAGCAGUCUCCCAUGCAGGCAGCCCGCCAUCACAGACUGCGCUUGGGGGCUUUCUGCAUGUUGGCAGCUGGCAUGGUGUUAACUUCAGAAGCUCCGCCUCCACCGUCGCCAUCGUGUCCUCACUUGUGCGGCUGCGACGUGACCACAUGGCGGGUCAACUGCUCUUACGGCCGCCUCAGCGCUGUUCCUGAACAUCUGCCUCCUGAUGCCACUCAGCUGAACCUGAGCCACAACGCCAUCAGGACUCUGGCACCUCAGCACUUUGGAGCUCUGGCGCGACUUUUAGGCUUGGAUUUGAGCGACAACCUGCUUGCGUACAUCGAGGUGGACGCGUUCCUCGGGUUGAAGAGCCUCAUCAAUCUGCACCUUGCUCGUAAUCUCCUGAAGGUUCUUCCCGUUGGAGCUUUUUCCGGCUUGUCAGAGCUGCAACUGCUGGACGUGAGCAGCAAUGAGCUCUUGGGCUUCCUUGAUUACACCUUUAAAGACGUAGCGAGGCUGCGUGUGAUGAAAGCGCUGCAAAACGACCUGGUCUUCAUCUCUCGCCAGGCCUUUGCCGGCCUAAGCGGCCUGCGCCAGCUCCACCUGGACGCCUGCAACGUGACUUCAGUGCCCACAGAGGCGCUGGCACAUGUUGGCGGACUGACUAGUUUGUAUUUGUACCGUCUUGGCUCCAGCUCGCUGCCAAGCUAUGCUUUCAUCGGCUUGGUGCGUCUCAAGCAGCUCGUCAUCUCUGAUUGGCUCAGACUGGAGGCACUGUCAGCAAACAGCCUCGUUGGCCUCAAUCUGACAUCGCUCACUAUUAGAAGAUGCAACCUCAGCACCAUCCCUUACGUCCCUUUGCAUCAUCUAGUCUAUCUUGUCCACCUUGACCUGUCGUAUAACCCCAUCACUCACAUCCACGCCAACCAGCUUGGUGACCUGCUCAGGCUCCAAGAGCUCCAUCUCGUUGGAGGACAUCUUCUGCAUGUUGAACUCAUGGCCUUUGCUGGUUUGACAAAUCUGAACCUCCUCAAUGUGUCAGGAAACCUUCUGAGCACGCUCCAGGAGGGCGUCUUUCAUUCCGUCGACGCCCUCCAGCAUUUAGGCCUAGACGCCAACCCCCUUUCCUGCGACUGCCGCCUGCUGUGGCUGGUCCACCGACACUCCUCUCUCAGCUUUGGUGGACGUUCUCCAGUGUGUACUACUCUCCAGUCGCAGGGUUGGUGGAAUUUUCUGGAGCACUCCGAAGCGGAAGUCCUGCUCACAUGCCGGCCACCUCGUAUACAAAGACGCCAACCUCAGCAGGUGAGGGUGGAUCAGGGGCACACGGUCGUCUUCUACUGCCAUGCGGAAGGUGACCCUGCGCCAUCUGUCACUUGGUUGAGCCCACAGCGUAGAGCUUUGAGCGACGUGGGCAGGAUACGAGCCCUUGCCAACGGCUCGCUGGAGGUUCGCUAUGCUCAGCCUCAGGACAGCGGUACUUAUCGCUGCAUGGCGUCCAAUGUGGCGGGAAAUGACACGUCGCCUAUCAGCCUCCAAGUCCAAGGUUUCUCCUCAUCCUCAAACCCUUUUCAUCUUAAAAGCUGGCUGGUCUUCCCGUCCACCUCUCCGGGACGUGCAAGCGGCCCGCAGGAGAUCCCGAUCGACGUCAAGACGCUGCUGAUAGCAGCGGCCAUCGGCGUCCUUUCGUUUUUCAGCUCGGUGAGCGUGUGUUUCGUCUUCAUCUUCUUGUGGAGUAAGGGUAAAGGGCAGCUAAAGCACACCGCCACCAUUGCGUACGUGCCACGUAGCGUGACGAGCAGUAAUGGUGGCACGGGCAACUACAUGGAAACCAGCAGGUUUACCAUGAAACUGAUGUGAACAUAAUAAAAGUGAUUUUAAACAGUUGCUAACUAAAAACAAAACAUCAAUAUUGGGUUAUAAUGGCUUAUUGCAGAAUGAAAUGAAAACAAUUUAUUCAGCCCAUUCCGGUAAAUACUAUUUUUUUCUCCUUAGCAGGCAAAUUGCAACAAGUCAGGUUAUAUCAAGUCUAUGUAUGUUGAGAAAAAAAUGUGUAUUUAACCUUAUAUUAAGGUUACUCUGCUACUUUAAUUUCAUUCUACAUAAUUUUAUUGCAUUUUUCUGUGUUUUCAUUAAAUAAAGUACAUCCAAUUUUAACAUUUGCCGUGUGGUUUUGUAUUGUGCUUAAAUUUCCAAAAUAAGCCACUCUCCAUUCACAGAUCAGCUCUGAGCAGCCGAAUCUCAAUCCUUGCUUCUCAUUAUACUAGCAAUAUUAUCAUUAUUA